AUGAGCGGAGCAACCGUGUCCAUGUGCCUGUAUUUCCUCCUGUCUGUAUGCUCGGCGUGCUACAUCUCCAACUGUCCCAUUGGCGGGAAACGUUCCAUCAUGGAUGCCCCCUUGCGCAAGUGCAUGUCAUGCGGUCCCGGGGACAGGGGCCGCUGCUUCGGCCCCAACAUCUGUUGCGGUGAUGGCUUCGGUUGUCUGCUGGGCUCGCCGGAAUCUGCCCACUGCCUGGAGGAGAGCUACCUGCUCACCCCCUGCCAGGCUGGAGGGAGAUCCUGCGGAUCUGAAGGUGGCCGCUGCGCCGCUUCGGGUCUUUGUUGUGAUGCAGAGAGCUGUAGCGCAGACCAGUCGUGUCUCACGGAUGAGGAGGCGGAUGAUCAAUUGGGCCAAUACGAUGGCGGUGACACGGGUGACAUCAUCGUGAGGCUCCUUCAUCUGGCCGCUCAUGCAACUCCUCAUCGACUCGGUCAGUGA